ACAUGUUCGCGGCUCCGAGCAGCAGGAAGGUGGCCAUCGCCGUGGCCGUCUUCGUCGUCUCCCUGUACCUGCCGCUGGUGCUCCCGUUCGGCGCCAUCCACCGCGCAAGGGCACAGCAAGAGAUCGAGGACGAAGGGGAGUUCAGCUACCGGCGGGACGCCGGGAACGGGCCGGCGCGGUGGGGCGUCGUCCGGACCGAGUGGGCCGUAUGCUCCGUCGGGCGCCUGCAGUCCCCAAUCGGCCUCUCCGACGCCGUCGCCGCGCUCGUGGACCGCCCCGGCCGCCUGGGCCGCUCCUACCGCCCCGCCGCCGCGUCCCUCGUCAACCGCGGCCACGACAUCAUGGUGAGGUUCAACAGCGACCCCGGCGGCGUGCUGAUCGACGGCGUCUCGUACCGGCUCAGGCAGAUGCACUGGCACUCGCCGAGCGAGCACGCCAUCAACGGCCGCAGGUACGACCUGGAGCUGCACAUGCUGCACCAGAGCGUCGACAACCGGUUCGCGGUCGUCUCGCAGCUCUACAGGAUCGGGCGGCGUCGCGACAGAACCAUACACAGGCUCGAGCGGUACAUCAGGAGGAUCGCGAGGAGGAAGGACCACGAGGAGCUCAUCGACGAGGUGGUGAAUCCGCGGCGGCCGGUCAGCGGCAGCAACGUGUACUACAGAUACACGGGCUCCUUCACGACGCCGCCCUGCACGGAGGGCGUGACGUGGGUAGUCGCCAACAAGGAGGAACGCGCGGCCGCUUCAGGAGGCGAACGGCAGGGCCGUCGGCUUCUACUACACCUCGCCGGCACGAGGCCGAGGGACGGGGAGCUAGCGUCAGCGACUAGCAGCGAGACGGCCGGCGGAUUCUUCGUGUGUCUUGUGCUCUGCUCUGCUUCUGGUCGAGACGGCGCAUGGCAUGACCAAGCAGCUCAUGUGUGUCCGACAGUACUGGGAAUUUGGGAUAGCACCGUUCUACAUAGGCUGUAA